GACUCAGUUUCGGCGGGUCGAAAAUUUUGACAACUCCAUACAUGGUGAGUCGAAACUGCUGCCGGUUAGCAGUCCUGUUUCGACUCACCUUUUUCACCAUGGUGAAUGACUCGCUGCGGUGAAUUGCAAACAAAUCGCGGCAUGGCGGCGAAUGACAUGAGUGUAAUGUACAAGGAAGAAAAAACGAGACGAAAAUAUGAGAAAAAAAUAACCCUACUUUUAUUCUAGGGCUGGCUCGGGGGGCACAGACCUGCCUGCUGUGCUUUUGCACACGUUUCUCUCUCUCUCGUCAAGCUUGCAUGCUCUUAUGUGUAAUUAAUUCCCUUUCCCUGUUUCUCUCGCUGCUGCUGAUAACAGUAUUGUUCGUACACACUAAAGGAAGAGAGAAACUUUUAAUCAAUGCUUUUAUAUAUGAUGAGGAAAUGAGAUUCGAACCAUAGUUACCGUAUACUUGUGCAUAACUGCUCCUGGAGAUACAUGCAAGGCCGUCAGAUCACUUGUUGGCUGACGAGUAUGCAGGACGCUUUUGUGAUUGGCGUGGUCAAUAUUUUGUAGGCCACAUAAAUGAUUUGACAGUACCUGCUCGAUAAAUUUUAUUGCACGCCGCCUUCUAUGUUAUGCUUGUACACGUGCAAUGGACAGAGAUAACACUAUUAGGGGGAUGUAGAUGCGUUUCUGUCAGUGGCAUAUGUAUGAUUGAUUUUUUCGCACGCCUCCGCGGCAGAGCUGUGAGCAAUCUUGGCUAGUGCAGUACAGUUAGAUGCAGUACAGAUUAUUCAAGUGCAAUGGAUGUGAACGCAGAAAACAAUAUUCUCCAGGAAGUGGAUCAAAACACGAGAGCAACAGGUAAGAAAAUGUGCGCACAUGUUAUUUAAUUGUAUCAUUUAAUGAUCGUUUCAUUUUGAAUUGUAUGUUACAGCUUCCAGCAUAAAUAAAACCCCGUUACCCAUAGCCAAUAAAAGAAAGAUCAUAAUGAUGCAAGCAGGGGGUAAAAGGAUCACUCACGAUUGCACUCCAAUCAUUCAUGAGCCGCCUAUUCUUCCCGAAACUCCAAUCGCUCCCAAACCUGUAGAAACAAAUGCUGAUUCAAUUCCUGCCCUGCAAAACAAAUCCUGCUACCUGUACCCUACUUUCAUCAGACACGGAAAACGCUCUAAGACAUCAGCAACUAAUCGAAGCUUUUACCAAACUAACUGCAUCAGUUAAUAACAUGAACUACAACAUGGAAAAACGUAUGCAGAACUUAGAGGGCGAAGUGAAAGGAAUGCAUCAGACGCUAAACAUCGUACGGGGGGAAAUAGAUGUUCUCAUGACGGCUAUCCUGCCCAGGGAGGGACUUCUUAGCAGGAGUGAGUUUGAGUUCCAACCAGUGUCUAACGAAACAGAUCUGUUUCAGUUGAACACAAGACUCGGCGCGGAUGAGGAAUUUAAAAGAAAAGUGCUCCAAUAUCUGCAGCAAGCUAUCUCAAAACCAGAUGUGAAUAACCGGCUGCACGAGGCUCUUGAUCUUUUAAUAUCGCGAAAGUUCAUGCCUCACAUUAACUGGAGCGGAAAAACUCACAACGAAGAGAAGAAGAUAGCCUUUUCAAGUUUAAGUAAUAUUUUAUGUGUGUUAAAAGAAGUUGGCGGAAAUCAACAGCUUGUGGUAACUAGCGACUAUUUAAAAAAAUUUCUCAUAGGAAAACUGCGUCAUGCCUUCGAACGACAAAAUUUGACCGAAGAACGCAAGACAUCAUGCCAUGUACACAAAAGAAAUACGAUGUAG